AUGGCUCCCUGGGACUUAGCAACCCUGUCAUACAUCACAGCCGUCCUAGUUGUGAUACCAUCUCCUUCUCAAUGGCGAGCCAAGAACGUUCCAACCUUAUCAGUCAUUGCAUGGUUGUUCCUACUCAACGUUUGCCGUGGCACAAACAUCAUAAUUCGGGAAAACAACGUAAGGGUCGUAGCGCCAGUCUAUUGCGACAUUGGCGAGUAG